CGUUUUGCUCGUGGAGCCGACCCGGGAGCGCCCGAGGCUGUGGCUGCAACAUGGCUGACGUGCUGAGCGUCGGGGUGAACCUGGAGGCCUUUGCCCAGGCUAUCAGUGCCAUCCAGGCGCUGCGCUCCAGCGUGAGCAGGGUGUUCGACUGCCUGAAGGAUGGCAUGCGGAACAAAGAGACGCUGGAGGGCCGGGAGAAGGCCUUCAUUGCGCACUUCCAGGACAACUUGCAUUCGGUCAACCGGGACCUCAAUGAGCUGGAGCGUCUGAGCAACUUGGUAGGCAAGCCAUCUGAGAACCAUCCUCUCCACAACAGUGGGCUGUUAAGCCUGGAUCCUGUGCAAGACAAAACUCCUCUCUAUAGCCAACUCCUGCAGGCUUACAAGUGGUCCAACAAGUUGCAGUACCACGCAGGUCUUGCAUCUGGCCUUUUGAAUCAGCAGUCGCUGAAGCGCUCUGCGAAUCAGAUGGGAGUGUCAGCCAAGCGGAGACCAAAGGCUCAGCCCACCACCCUCGUCCUGCCACCUCAGUAUGUGGAUGAUGUGAUCAGCCGCAUCGACAGGAUGUUUCCUGAAAUGUCCAUCCACCUGUCCAGACCCAAUGGGACGUCAGCCAUGCUUCUGGUAAGAUCUCCUUGACUAUUUGUGGGAAUGUGUGGAAGAAAAAUUGUCUUUCUAGUUAACUCUGGCCCUAUUUGGUAGGAUCUGUUGACUGGAGAUUAAAUCCCAAUAUGAUGGCGAGGAGCAUCUUCUUUGCUGGAGCUCUGUAGGUUAAAAAUUGUGUACUUUGAAACCUCGUUUUUGAACAAAAUUGCAGACUCAUGUGAGAGUUCACCAGAGAGGACACUGUCACCUUAAGUCAGUUCGUGUGCAGACCCCCCACCCAAUAGCAUUGCAGUGAAUGUUUUACAUUUUUCAAAGGGAUACAUUAGACACAAGUAAAGCUCAGCUACUUCUGCUAAAGAAACCACUCUCCUAAAACAGAACCAGCUUCCAUGGCCUCAGUUAUAAGAACAUCACAUGAAGGAAGGAAGGAAGUAUUCUGAGUCACUGAUGCCCUCUGUUUUUGUUCUUUCUGAUUUGGCUUUGUUCUGAGCAGCAUGGCCUCCCAAGCUCUUUACUGAUACUUGUAUUUUUAUGAAUUCACCAAAGACAAUAUGUUUUGGAAAUACAGUAGACUGGAAAUGCCAGAACAUACUAUAAGGUGUGAUUAAAAAAUUAGUAAAUGCUUAAUUUUUUUCCUAAAUUAUUGCAGUAAAAGGCACAUUGCCGUGAA